AUGAAGCAUAUUGUAAAGAUUUUGACGCUGGUAACUGCCAUCACUGCUUUAUGGAUUGGCCUUCUACAAACUUCUAUCAUUCCACAAAGUCAUACUUGGUUGCUACCAAUCUAUUUUGUCGUGUCUUUAGGAUGUUACGGUCUAUUAAUGGUUGGAGUUGGUCUGAUGAAUUUUCCUACAUGUCCUCAGGAAGCUCUGUUGUUACAAAAGGACAUUGUUGAAGCCAAGGAAUAUUUGAAUCAAAGAGGAGUUGAUGUUAGUACCAGCUGA